CAUAAGUCAGUGUCAAAAAAGGAAACUUCUGAAAUACUCCAUCCCCCAAUAGUCACGCGGCCACCAACAAACAUACAAAAUGGAAAAAGCAGACGAAAAACUGAUCCUUGACUAUCAUUCCUACGAUGACUACCUAGACUCCUUCGUCACCCGUGAAGAUCUUCGCUACCUUGGAAGCGUGGCUUCAGCAAGAAUGAUAGCAGAACUUGGUUACAGAUCCACCACAGACACCCUCUCCCGUCAACAGUUUGAUCUAAGAAAAGCCCUUGCUAUGUCUGAGGUGUUCCCCGCAAAAAGACAGCAUGCACUUGCUUGCGAAGGAAUCACCAUAGUGGAUCCUUUUCUGUCAGAACUGGCACUAAGGGAACGGUCCAAUCGUUUAAGGAUGUUGUCUACAAUAAUUUUCAUCAGAGACCUGACGAAGUCUGGAUUCGAGAUAUCUGGGUACAUAGACUAUGAGCAGAGUCUUAGGAGGUCAACAACAAAGGCGGAGGAUGCAGUUGACUGGCAUGCGAUUUUUAAGCAGAAGAAACGGUUAUGGCCGCAAAAGACGGACUUGAGUUAUUUUCAUUGGCGUUCAGGAUUUUCUGUUCACAACCAUUCAGAUAAUUAUCAGGUAGUAUCCGAUAGCCAAAAAGGACUUGUUUUCAUUCAUAAAGGUGAUCGAAAAAUGAUCUGUGUCGAUCCAUUUGUCGAGAAUCCUGGAUCAUACACAACACGAACGAUAGUCUAUUCAGAUAAAUACAACCACGUUGUUCUUUACGAUCAUGUUGUUCGAAAUAAAAUAUAGAAACAGU